GUGGGACUUUCUCUGGGGGCGUGAAUUUCGGUGUCCACAAAAGUUAUCCUCCCCACAUACAUAAUUUUUGUCAGAUUUUGUAAAUAAUGUCUCAGUAUUACGAACUUUACAGAAGGAGCAGCAUUGGUAUUUCUCUUACUGAUGCUUUGGAUGACUUAAUUUCUCAGGGAAAGAUUUCACCACAACUGGCUAUGAAAGUCUUGUUUAAUUUCGACAAAAGCAUGACAGAGGCUUUGUCAGAAAAAGUCAAGGCUCGUUUAACGUUCAAGGGACAUCUCGACACAUACCGUUUCUGUGACGAAGUCUGGACGUUUAUUAUCAAGAACCCGAGCUUCCGCUUUGACAACGAAACGGUCGCAAGUAACAAGAUCCGAAUUGUCGCCUGUGCCACCAGGGACAAUAGCGGUAAUCGUUAGCCGCCAUGCCUCGUGGAUCGGCCCGUUAGAUUUUCAAUGGUUAGUAAUGAAGUUUUCGCUUAUGCCCAA